AUGAAUAAUGACGACCUGCCCCGCGUGGACGUCUUACUGCCUUGCUGUGGCGAGUCGGUCGAUGUAAUUAUGGAUACUGUACACGCUGCCUGUAACCUUGACUACCCGAUCACUCAGUUCCGGAUCCUGGUGCUUGACGAUGGUGGAUCAAAGGAGCUUGAGAAGGCUGUGACCAAGAUGCAAUCCCAAUGGCCACAACUCUCAUACCAUUCCCGCGGUAGGCAGUCUGGUCAGGUUUUUGCCAAAUCUGGGAACUUGAAUUAUGCCUUGAGCACAUUGCAGCAAGAGAUCCAGCCAGAAUUCUGCGCGGUGCUGGACGCUGACUCCAUCCCAGAGCCAGAAUUUCUCCGAGCGAUACUCCCACAUCUGCUUCUGAGCCCGGAGUCGGCAUUGGUGUCUACGCGGCAGUACUUCUCGAACUUACCUGAUGGUGACCCCCUUUCCCAGACUCGCAGCCACUUCUACACAUGCCAGAAUGCUGACCUGGAUAUUUUGGGCCGCGCAAUUGACGCGGGGUCUGGGGCAGUGUUCAGGCGGAAGGCGAUCAUGGAUGUGGGUAUGUACCCGACAUACUCUUUCUCCGAAGACUGGCAAUUAUCCCAGAUACUUCAUGGAAUGGGAUACCGUACUCUCCAAGUACAGGAGCCUCUUCAGUUUGGACUUGUUCCGACGUCUCUUACUGGUCACAUCGCCCAAAGAAAGCGAUGGAAUAUUGGACACGCCCAGCAAAUCCCAGCCAUGCUUUCAUCUGAAAGCAAAAGGUUCUCUCAACGCCUUCGUUUGCACAUUGCGCUGGAUGGAGCGGGUAUCAUUUUCGGAGAAGUGGGCUGUUUUGUUGGGUUUACCGCUGUCCCCUUUCUGUUGAUCCUCGGACAGCAAGUUCCUGGCACUUCUCCAGUACUGGACCACUUUCAACUGCUCUUGGCACUUUUCUAUGUUAUCUCGGUAUGGAUUUACGAAUAUGUGCAGGCUGCAGCUACUGGUUACCAAAGUGCGCCAUUUGCUCACUUGGAGAAUAAGUGGCUUGCUGGUGAGAGCAUCUGGGGUGUCUGGAGCUUCUAUCUACUCUCCAGCAAGCCGAAAGGGUCAUUCGUGACGGGAAGUAGUGCUAACUCUUGGAAUCGCAUCACCACCAUGUCAUUCUACACGAAACUCCGCCGAGACUUGUGGGACAACGGUAUCUUUUAUAACGCGCUCUUACUUCUUGCUACCUUUGGGGCUAUUUUCUACUCGGUUGCCACCUCCAUUUUUACCCGGAAUGACAGCUUAGUAGAAAAUUUGCUUACCACGUUCGCCUGGCCUCCAUUGCUGCAUGUGUGCUACCUGUCUCUGAAAAGCCACUGGGUGCCGAUCUCAUAUUUGCUCAACCCUCCACGAUACCCUGACCCCAAGUCUAAGUCUGCCGGGUCUGAUCAUGUGAUGUCAACCUCCGAGGCUGUCCAGGAAGAGGUCGAGUCGCGACUUCGACAUGGUCUGAACAGGGUUGGCCGGGAUAUGCUUUAUUUGGGCCGCAAAGUAGACAUCAGGGAUGAUGCUGAGUUUUAA